GGCUGAGCUGCGCGUGCGUCUAAUUAGCGCUACAGAUCUGAAUCUGCGGACCCAUUAAACGAAAUUCUGUGUAAUUUGUUUUUACAUUAUCCUAUCGCUGGCAUUUACCGUAGCCAUGGGAAUCAGAAGUGGACUUGUUCUGGCUUGUUCACUCGGGAUGUUCUGUGUCUUAAGAACUACUACGGCGUUUUAUUACAAUCUAUAUUCCGAUAUGGAGACAAGAUGCAAUCAAAGUGUGGUGCUAGACUGUCCAUACCUCAUCAGUGGCCGAGCCGGUACAAUCCGCUAUCAGAACAUCCCGGUCCUCUCGAGAGAAUCCUGCUGGUUUACUCUUACACUGGAUUCCAGCUGCGGAAAGCCGCAAAUGUCUUUUGCAUUUUAUUUCAACGUAAGAAAAUUUAAUCUCCCCUAUCCAGAUGCCUUGCGUAUAUAUGAAAACUGGAAUGGAUUCCGCGGCCUGGUUAUGCAGCUGGCAGACAGCAUGCCUCAAUAUCGCAAUCCUUCGUCUGUCGCUCAGGCACUGACCGCAUACGUUAAACAGCCUUCCGUCACCUUUGAGUAUAUGCGCAGAGCGUCGUAUUCCUCUUCUGUGCACGAGGUCAUCGUCGACUUUGUUAUUGUGGAAGACACGUCUCAUUCUCGUAAUACCUUCUGCGGAGCGCUGCAAGGCUAUGUCAACGAUAACUUUAUCUGUGAUAAUGAUGGGAUAAAUGAUCGUGUCAACUGUCCGCUAACUUAUGCGGCCAGUGUGGAUGGGAACAAUCCGGCUCGGGGGACACAGUGUUUACGUGAAGCAACUACGAGUAUCUUUAACGACAGGAAUAACAACCUGAACCAGGGCAGUAGCGCCACUGGCCUGAACUCCGGGGCAAUUAGUGGAAUAUCUGUGGGGGUCGCUAUAGUCGUAUUUUUCACCAUUCUCGCUGGCAUUAUUUACCUUGUCCGCUCACGCGGACGACGCACACCCCUUCAUUCUUUUACGACGACGACUCCCAGAAACGCUAACACUAGUCAGCCGGUUUCUGGGACCCACGAUGCACCUUUUGCUCCCUCUCCGCCUUUCACGGAUUUGCCACCGUCAUAUGCGGAAGCCGUGGGAUCCGUGGAACAUGCUACGUCUGCAAUACCGCCAACACCAACACCUCGGACACCGUAAAAGUAAACCGCUACCUUGCAGAGAUUUUCCUGCCAGAAAAGCCUGUGAUAUUUUUCUUAUUUGGUAUUCGCAAUUUUGCGCGUUCAACCUGAGUGCAGCUGAGGAUGAUGCCUCGAGUACCACUGGAAAGCGCUCAAGUGUGCUUUUCGUGUAGAACCCGAUAUUGAUGUCGCGGUCCAUGAACAAAUGAGAUUACUUCGAGUAUGUUUCCAAAACCGGCAGUCACAUUGCUUCGACGAUUGCACAUACAGAGCACAGAAUCAAUCAUUCUUCUGGACUCUAGAGAUUCCUACGAUAUUUACUUGCCAUUGUGAAUCUGUGAUCAAAACCGCGGAGCGACGCGCAAAUCAAAAAGCCGAAUUUUUAGUUAUGAGAACCCAGUACAGCUCAUUGUCUUUUACGUAUACGUGGAUAAAUCAACGUUAUUAUUCUUAUCGAGGCGAGAGUUCCACUCGGCAGUGCCGAGAGGCCGCUCACUGGGUUCC